UGUGCGGGGCAGUGCACCUGUCAUCGUGAGUGGCCCUGACUUUUCAUCCUGGGGAUUGUUAGAGGUCACCUCCCUGUCGACAGGACGGUUUUCCUGCCGCUCUGAGCGUGGCAAUCGAUGACAGCGAGCGGACGGAGAGGGGUGCCCACUGCCGCGUCCAGCAGCUUGGACGGCGCUUGGAAGGGGCCGCGAACCGUCUGAACCGCAGCCUCCGCCCGCAAGCAUCCCCCCGCCGCCGAUCGCGGCGCCCUCGGCCCCGCCCCGGCCCGUGUUCCCGCCCGUCGCCGGCGGUUAGUCGCCGCGGCCACAACUGGCCGGAGGCCCCGCCCUCGCGUCCUCCUCCGCGGGGCAGCCAGCCCGCAGCCCGCCGGGCCCGGUGGGUGGGCGCGGGGCCACUGCCCGCAGGCGGCGGGACUCGGCGACCUUGACCCGGAGGCCCUAGCCGGACCCACCAGCGACGCCGGCGGCGAGGACUUUGCCCGGCUCGGGGGCGGAGCGGACUCUGUCCGCGGGCGGACCGCGAAGAUGUUGGCCUUCGCCGCCAGGACCGUGCCGGGGCAAGUGGCUGUGUCUUGCUAGGUCCGCUCACCCAAGUGGUAGCACAGUUAGGCUUAGAGAUCCUGCCCGAGGCAGGCAGACAGGGCUCAGAACCUCAGUCCUGCCAUGGAGGACGGGCAGCAGCAAGAGAAGGUGAAGCCCCUGGGCUUCCUCAAGCCCUCCUCCAUGAUGAAAGUUGCUGGCAGAUUCAAGACCCACCAGGACUCACUGCCCCGGCAGCCUGUGCCCCCCCUGAAGCAGUCCCUGGACCAUUACCUCAAGGCUCUGCAGCCCAUCGUGAGCCAGGAGGAGUGGACCCAGACCAAGCAGCUGGUGGAAGAGUUUCAGAGUUCGGGGGGUGUUGGGGAGCGUCUGCAGAAGGGGCUGGAACGCAGGGCCAAGAAGCUGGAGAACUGGCUGUCUGAUUGGUGGCUCAAAACAGCCUACCUCCAGUACCGCCAGCCCCUGGUCAUCCACUCCAGCCCCGGCCUGAUGCUGCCCAAACAGGACUUUGUGGAUCUUCAGGGCCAACUCCGGUUUGCUGCCAAACUCAUCGAGGGUGUGUUGGAUUUCAAGGCCAUGAUUGACAACGAGACCCUGCCGGUGGAGUACCUGGGUGGGAAGCCCCUGUGCAUGAACCAGUACUAUCAGAUCCUGUCCUCCUGCCGCGUGCCGGGCCCCAAGCAGGACUCGGUGGUCAACUUCAGCAAGAUUAAGAAGCCGCCCACACACAUCACAGUGGUGCACAACUACCAAUUUUUUGAGCUGGAUGUGUACAACAGUGAUGGAACACCCCUCACCUCAGAUCAGAUCUUUGUGCAGCUGGAAAAGAUCUGGAACUCAUCCUUGCAAGCCAACAAAGAGCCCGUGGGCAUCCUCACCUCCAACCACCGCAACUCCUGGGCCAAGGCCUACAGCACUCUCAUCAAAGACAAGGCAAACCGGGAGUCAGUGCGCUCCAUCCAGCAGAGCAUCUUCACUGUGUGCCUGGACGCGCCCACGCCCAGGGUCUCUGAAGACGUGUACCGCAGCCACGUGGCUGGCCAGAUGUUGCAUGGGGGCGGCAGCAGUCUCAACAGCGGCAACCGUUGGUUCGACAAGACACUACAGUUCAUCGUGGCAGAAGAUGGCUCCUGUGGGCUGGUUUAUGAGCAUGCCGCUGCAGAGGGGCCCCCCAUCAUCACCCUCGUGGACCAUGUCAUUGAGUUCACGAAGAAGCAGGAGCUAGUGCGGUCCCCCAUGGUGCCCCUGCCCAUGCCCAGGAAGCUGAGGUUCAACAUCACCCCUGAGAUCAAGAACGACAUCGAGAAGGCCAAGCAGAACCUUAGCAUCAUGAUCCAGGAUCUGGAUGUUAUGGUGGCCGUGUUCCAUCACUUUGGGAAAGAUUUCCCCAAGUCUGAGAAGCUGAGCCCAGAUGCCUUCAUCCAGAUGGCGCUGCAGCUGGCCUACUACAGGAUCUACGGUCAGGCAUGUGCCACGUACGAAAGUGCCUCCCUGCGCAUGUUCCACCUAGGCCGCACCGACACCAUCCGCUCAGCCUCCAUAGACUCUCUGGCCUUCGUCCAGGCCAUGGAUGACUCCAGCGUAGGGGAGCACCAGAAGGUGGCGCUGUUGCGGAAGGCCAUCAGUGCCCACCGUGCCUACACUGACCAGGCCAUCCGCGGGGACGCCUUUGACCGGCACCUACUGGGCCUGAAGCUGCAAGCCAUCGAGGACCUGGUGAGCAUGCCGGACAUCUUCAUGGACACCUCCUAUGCCAUCGCUACACACUUCAACCUCUCUACCAGCCAGGUCCCUUCCAAGACAGACUGCGUCAUGUUCUUUGGUCCCGUGGUUCCCGACGGCUACGGUGUCUGCUAUAACCCCAGGGAGGCCCACAUCAACUUCUCUGUGUCUGCCUACAACAGCUGUGCCGAGACCAACGCGGCCCGCAUGGCCCACUACCUGGAACAGGCCCUCCUGGACAUGCGUGCUCUGCUGCAGAGCCACCCCCGGGCAAAGCUCUGAGCCUGUGUGCUUGAGCCUGCCAGCACCACGCAACUCACCUGGGGCUGGGCCACCACCAGGCCUCCUAGCUUUGGCCUCAGGCCUCCCAGCUCUGACUGGGCCUGCAUCAGUGUCCUCAGUAGGGCUUUGUAGGCCCCAGCCAUGUGCCUUUUGAGGGUCACCCUUCACAUAUGCCAGGCCCCCCAGACUGUCCUGGGCUGAGCAGGACAUCAGGCCCAGACCCCUGGACACCAAGGCUUCCUCUGGGGCAGGGAAGCAGCCAGGCCCCGCCCUUGCCCUCGAUAUGCUGAGGGGCUGUGGCUCCCUUCUCACUGCCUCUAGCCAGUCCCUGUCAUCUGCAUGACAGCACUCAAGUCUACAGUAUGAUGCCCAAGCCCCCCAGGAACUAGAGGCAGUUGUCUCAGCAAGGGUGGAGAAGACGGGGCCAGUGGUACUGCUGAGGAAAAGCCUGAGGUCUGGCCUUAGCUCUUGAAUGAAGUAACUGACAAGGCCCAGCUCUCUCACUUCCACUCAGCUGGUUCCCGAAGUAUGUUCAUUGUUGCACAAUAUUAAAACGCAAGGUAAAUAAUAAAGGGAGGUUGGUUGGUAAAGAGGUGUUUCAGUGUAAGAAUAAACCCCUGGACUGAC